AAACCGAGACGGCUGUUUACAUCCCUAUAUUCAGACCUUUAAAAAAAAAAUGCUAAAUAUGUUGACGAGACGGUUAAGGAAUUCUCCCUCGAUGGUUCGGCUAAUGAAUCCCCGGCUGUGCUUGCUGUGGUGCGGGGGAGCAGUGCUGGUGCUCCUGCUGCUGCUGGCGACGAGGCCUAAGGAGGAUGAAAUGGAAGGCUUCGGAGACCCCGUCAAAGGAGCGGCCAGGGCUCUCCACCAGGCGGCUGCAGCUCUCCUCCCCCCACCCCCAGGAGUGUCUCCACCCCUCCUCCAGAAACCGCAGGACGCCGACAGAACAGCAGCGGGAGUAAGCAGCUGCGCCCGGGGCAAGUGGAUCGAGGGGCUGCCACCUUUAUAUAUCAUAACCCCAACGUACCCACGAGCAGAACAGGUCCCCGAACUCACACGAACGGCUCAAACGCUCAUGAACGUACCCAAUGUGGUGUGGAUUGUGUCAGAAGACGCGCCUGUGCCUACCCAAGCGGUCGUCAGCUAUCUCAAUGAAACUGGCCUGAAGACUGUGUACCGAAGAGUAAUGAUGCCAGAUAGAUAUCAGAAGGUGAAAAACAAACCUCGCGGCGUCGCCAAUCGCUUGUCCGGCCUGGAAUACAUUAGAGAAAAUGCAAAGGACGGUGUAUUCUACUUUGCUGACGAUGACAACACGUACGAUAUAAAGCUCUUUGAACAGAUGAGAUGGACACAGAGGGUAUCAAUGUUUCCCGUCGGAUUGGUGACAAAGCUUGGAGUGUCGUCUCCCAUAGUCCGUGAUGGAAGAGUAGUGGGCUUCUAUGAUGGCUGGAUAUCUAAACGGAGAUUCCCGUGUGAUAUGGCUGGUUUUGCAGUUAAUGUCCAGUAUUUUCUUGAGCGACCAAAAGCCACAAUGCCUUUUAAGGUGGGCUUUGAAGAAGAUGGAUUUUUAAGAAGUUUGGGAAUAAAAGCACACGAGAUAGAACCACUAGCAUUUAACUGCACAAAGAUUUGGGUAUGGCAUACACAGACCAAGAAGAAUCAACCUGCAUUACCAGUAGUUCAGAAUAAGAUGACAGUGGGAACAAAUUUGGACAUCCUUAAAACUAAAUUGUGGAGAGGCAACGGAACAACACAAGGAAAAGUACCCAGUAAUGGUAUUAAAAUGGUGUAAAUAAAUCUUUCUUAUCCUGUUUUAGAAUUUUCAAGAAUUUGUGAUAAUACAUGGUACAGUACUAUAAUCCUUAGUCACAGCACAGUUUAGAUUUCUUCCAAUUGUGUACAUAUGCUAAUCACAAAGUGCCUUUAGUGACCGUAUCCUAUUAGUGGAUGUUCAAAAUGUCACUCUGUUGUAUCAUAAAUCUGAUUUCAAUUGUAUGAUGACUUAUAUUAGAAUACUGUCAAGCUUGUUUGCAGGAAUGAGGGAUUUGGAAGGGGUGUGUAUGAAUCUUAUGUACUGGUAUACACUUGCAUACCACUAUUAUUGUUGAUUUUUUUAUUUGACUCUGCAGUAUGUUACAUUGAUUUUACUUUUGACCAUAUUUGCUAUUUACCAAAUACUCACCAUAGAGUGCACAAUUUUUUGUGGGUUUGAAUAAAAAUUGGGUGAGCAAGUUGCAUAUACUAAGCAACUGGUAAAGGUACAAUUUGGAACAGAGUAAUUUGAUUUUUAUUAAAUCCAGUUCUUUUAAGUCUGGAUAUACAUUAGUACUAUAUUUUGUUAUAAAAUACUUUUUUAUUUGUAUUUAUUUUAGCAAAUGAAACAAAAUCCCUAAACUGAAAUGUAAUAACAACCACUAUCUUUUUUUUUUUUUCUUUUAAGGAGGAAUGGGAUAAUAGUUCAUUUCUUCCAACAGUGUUAAUAGAUGUUUCUCAGGCAUGCUUUAAGAUCAGACAAUUGUCUUGUGUUCCUUUUGGGGAAUUUUGCAGUAUAUCUACCUGUGCUGAAUAUUUUGCAAUAUUGCAUUGAUAGUGCCUUUUAGUUGAAUGGUUAUAAGUCUCAUUAAAUCUACAUUGCAGACACCUACACAUACACUUAACUAAAAUGUAUUCUCAAGUUAUAUAUGUACUAUCUUUGUAAUAUUUCAGUUCCACUAGAUGAGCAAUAAACAUUUCUUGUUAACUGUUCAUGAAAACAUAGGUCCUACUCUACAUUCUAAUGUGUACAAGAUGUACUUUACCAGUGUGAUUAUAUUUCUGUCAGCUAUACAUUGAAAUCAGUCAAAUACAUCUUUUGCCAUGUUAAGAUAUUCAUUUGCAUUCAUAUCUCUACUAGAUUUAUCACAGUGAAUGCCAUUGUAUAGUAUAAAGGUAAAUGAAGCCAUGAUGAGGAAAGAGCAAUUGAUCUAUAUAUAAAUUUUAUAUAAAUUUAUAAAACAAAUAAAUGUAGCACAUAUUGAUGAAUGAAAACUGUUCAGUAAUAAUUUACUUUAAUUACUAAGUAGCUGUUGGAGCAUUGUUUGUGGCUGUGAACAAAUGUAAAGCAUUUACAGGUCAAAGUAUGCCAUCUUGA